AUGUCUAGACAACAUGUUUAUCGCUGCCAUAUUCUGCCCAUCAAGUGCCCAAGCUGCUCGCAGACUUUCGAAUCUAGCCGAACCUUCACGCGCCACUUACAUGAGGCAUCACAUUGUGACCACAGUCUUGUUGAGGCCGAUGAGCCGAUCAAAGGACUCGAGAGUCUUUUACAGAAGAUUCGAUCGCCAAAGACCACGACGGACUGUCCCUCGGAGGAGGACAUGUGGAGGGUCAUAUAUACCACUUGCUUUCCCAACGAUCCUAAAGAUGACACACCCUGUCCAUACCAUGAGAAGGAUCAAGAAACAAUCUACGCUAUCUCGCCGAACGAAUCCGUCGUAUCGAUCCCUUCUGCUGUGCCCUUCGUCCGUACGCCCGAAUCAGCAUAUUUUGGCAACAGUCAUCGAGGAUAUUUUGAAGCCAUCAACAAAACAUCAAGUUCCAUCGCUUCAAGUCUUGCCGGUCGAAACUGCACUCCGCCUACAUCGAUUGUAAGCGGACACAGUCAAGACUCGCACGCUGAUGGCGACGCAAACGAUGGAUCCUUGGCUGAUUCAAUCGGAGAAGAGGCCCCGACUAUUCACCGGCCUCCCCAAGCUUUCCAGGCUCGGCAGCAGUCACAAUUUUCCGAUAGUUCCCAAAGCUUCGAUAAACGCAAGCUCAAAAAGAAGCUGCGUAACAAGACUAUGGAAUCUCAAGUUCUUGAAUUUCGAGCUUGGGCAAAGCCCCAUCGAACAGACGAGCAUAUAACUCCCGGACUCUAUCGCGGAUUCUGGAAAUGGUUUGCGCGCUGCUUGACUUUCUACAUUCCUUCUUGGUUUCUCAAAAGAUAUCUCAAGAUGGACGACCUUCGGCAACGUCUGGCCUUCCGACAAAAGGUGUUCUUCUGCCUCCUGCUUGCCGCCAUCUACGCACUUCUAUGCUACUUUCUCAUCAUCCAACCCAUGGCCAGCUGCAUUCUGAAAGUGCACAUCGGUAUGAUUUCGAAUCACAGUCCCUUCUGCAGCAUGGUCAGCAACAUUGUUUACGUCUAUAUGGGUCUAGGCGGCGGAUUUAUGCUCCUGGUCAUGUUCUGCGUUGCUCGUGUUCGCUAUACCAGCCGUUCUUUCGAAGAACAUGACGCCCUGCUGGUGAUGCAAAUUCCCUGUUACAACGAGGACGAAUCCACUCUUCGGAAAACGAUUGAAUCAUGCGUCCAGUCAAGUUAUGAGAAAAAGCGCAAGCUUCUUUUCAUUGUCGCAGAUGGAACUGUUGCAGCUGCUGGCCAGAAGCCAACCUACAGAAUCUUGUUAGAAGACAUUUUCGACCACAGUGCAGACCUGGAGAUUGGUAUCGAGAAUCAAGCACACUCGUACACAUCGUUCGACGGGGAUGGCGCUUCGGAGAAUCGAGCUUUCACCUGUACUGGCCACUACCGAGGAGUACCCUACGUCAUUGUGGUCAAGGUUGGGAGAGCCGAUGAAAGAGACAGCCCGAAGCCUGGAAACAGAGGAAAACGCGAUUCCCAGCUCGUGGCCUACAACUUCUUCCACUACGUCAAUUACCGCAGGUUCUGGAACCCACUUUUCGAAAACCUUGAGUUUCAGAUGCGAGUCUGCCUCAACAUGGAUGCUCGCGAUGCUAUGUAUAUGCUGGCCAUCGAUUGUGACACCGAGGUUGAUCGAACAGGGAUAUCGUACCUUGUGGACCGACUUCAAAAAGACCACAAGCUCGUCGGAGUAUGCGGCUACACAGGAGUGGGCAACGGUAUGAGCAGUUUCGUCGCCAGCGCCCAGGUUUUUGAGUACUGGCUUACUCAUGCCGUCUUGAAAGCAGUGGAGAGCGUAUGCUCUAGUGUCUUUGUCCUCAGUGGAUGCUUCACCAUCUACCGACUAAAGUGGCCAAACAACAGACCAGCGCUUCUGCAUCCACUUCUCCUGGAAGACUAUGCAGGAAGCCACGAGAAGACCUUGCACGAACACAACUUGUUUUCCAUUGGCGAGGACCGUUAUUUGUCAACUCUGGCGAUCCGCUAUUUCGUAUCUGAUUGUCGACUUGAAUAUUUCUCCGCUGCAACAUGCACAACCAUGGUUCCUGACAAGCUAUCCGUGCUCCUGGAUCAGCGACGACGAUGGACAAACUCCCUGAUCCACUGUCACUUUGCUCAUCUCAACGUCCUUCCCUUCGAGGCAUCAUUCUGGACUCAAGUCAAGCUACUUUUCGUCCUUGGUGCAGAACUCUUCAUGGUGUUCAUCCUGCCACUCGCACUGCCGGCUGGAGUCGCCCUUGCACGCCAAACAUACGAACAUAUAACCAAUCUGGUCUCAACGGUUGACAAAUACUUUGGGUCUCCCCUGCAUCACUUUGGCGGCGACGAAGUGGCAUAUAUCUGGCAAACCGAAGACGACAACAAAUUGUUCGAGACAUUUCUGCACUGGCUCCAAAGCCUUGAACCAAAGAAAACGCUAAUUCUAUGGGACGAUCCCCUCACCGACGAAGGAAAGAAUAUAGACAUAUCGAAAGAGUGGAUCAUACAAACCUGGCAUAACGGUGCUACUCAACAGGUGCUCAACAAGGGCCACCGAGUCAUCGUCUCUGAAUCUGAUACAUUCUACGUUGGAAAUGCAGACGGCGACAAGAUAUCCUCCUUUGUAUUUCCAGAUCAUGGCAAUGUCCUGGGUUUUGAACUUGUCUGGUUUACUUCCGAGGGAGAUGAUCCAAACGACUUCCGUCAAAGUUGGGUCAUGGAUCCGAUUAAAGCUGCGUCACAAAUUCGAAGGACAUCGGAACAAGCAUAA